AUGGCGCCCCCGUCGUCGAAUCGCGCGCUUCGCGUCGUCGCGCGCGCGUUCGUGGGCGCGUACUACCGCGACCUGAACGACGCGCCCGAUCGCGUCGCGCGGUACUACACCGAGGACUCCGUCUUCGCGCUCGAGGACGGGACGACGCCGAGGAAAGAGAGGAGGAAGCGCGCGGCCGGCGCGUCGUCGUCGUCGUGA